AUGGAUUUUUCUAGCACUAACAAGCAGAUAAAAUAUGAAUUGAAGAAGAACAUGGAGUUGUAUGAUAAUAUUGUUAAUUGUAGAAUCACUUUUGCCAUUCAGAAGAUAUUCAACUACGUUCUUCUCUCCACUUUUAUCAACAGCAUUAUCUUGAUUUGCCUCACUGGUUUCCUUUCAACCCAUACCGUCAUCGAUGAACAGGCAGAUUUGUCCGAAAAAAUCAACUAUGUAUACACUUUAGGCUACUUUGGAUAUUUGCUGUUCCAAGUGAGCGUUUAUUGCUAUUAUGGCCACCAAAUCAUGACCGAGAGCUCUGAUAUAAACGAAGCAAUCUACUUAUCAAACUGGUACGUAUCAGACAAAUUCAUUCAAAAGGAUUUAAUAAUCUUGAGGGAGCGCUUGAAGAGACCGAUUAUAUUCAAAGCGGGAAACAUUUUUCCUUUAACAUUUCCCACCUUAAUACAGAUUUUUAAAUCGUCUUAUUCGAUCUUUGCUCUGCUGCAACAGAUGGAUUAA